GGGGCAGUGUGCAGCAGUACGGGUGGAUCUAGAAUGGCUCUGUGUUUGGAUGGACAGGGCAAUGCUGUAAACUGAGGUUUCUUUUCCUCACUGCUUCCAGCCUUAGCAAACCAGAAACGAAACCAAUGUUGUGCCUGGGAGUGGGAGGGGUUUCCCACAAUAUCACAUGUGCACAAUCAACCAAUUAUCUUUCACCUUUCCGUGGCGUUUAAACUACUCUCUCAGUAAAUGUCAGUGAGUCAGUCAGUCAGUGAGCGCUCCUUCGUUACAGUAACACCUACACAUUCCCAGUUCUCUCAUCUCAUUAGCCAGCAUGGCCCAAUCACUGGAGAGCUUGGCGGAAGAACUAACCUGCUCCAUCUGUUUGGGACUGUUCAACAUCCCAGUGACAAUACCCUGUGGGCACAAUUUCUGUGGCGAGUGCUUGGAACUUGCCUGGGAAACAUCUAUGCUGAGUCAGUACAGAUGCCCCCAGUGUAUGUGCACCUUUUCCGCUAAGCCUGACCUGAGGAAGAACACCCUAUUGAGCAACCUGGUCAGCCAACUAAAAAGCGUUCACAUUGAACCUCCGCAGCACAACGUGAUGGUGGAGGAGGUAGUAGAAGAACCCUGUGACACAGAUGUGGUGCUCUGUGACAGCUGCAUGAAGUUGCCAGCUGCUAGGACCUGUCUGACCUGCCUGGCAUCCUUUUGUGAAGAACACCUGCAGCCACAUCUUGAGAGUCCAGCCUUUAUACACCACUUGCUAAAGCAGCCCCUGAGGGACCUGCAUGUAAGGAAAUGCCAGGAUCAUGAUAAACUACUUGAUCAAUACUGCAAGGAACACUCCUGCUGCAUCUGCUGCUACUGUCUGACCAGCCACAAGCAGUGCAACACCUGCACCCUCCAAGAGGGCAAAACGGAGAAGGAGAAAGAUUUUAGAAUGCUCUUGCAGUCAUUGAAUCAGAAAAUAGAAAAAGCCUCAAAUACAGCUGAUGAAGUAAAGAGAGAGCAAAUACAAGUGGUGGAUAUUGCAAAUAAGAAGAAGAAUCUAUUGGAAGGGGAGUUUGAAGAAAUUAUAGCUUUAAUUGAGCAAGAGAAAAAGAAAUCCAUGAGGAAAAUUGAGGAAGAGGAGAAGAAGGUGAACACUAAAUUUAGCUAUACAUUGAACAUCAUUGGGAAAAAGAAACAGGAGUUUGGGAAAAUGAAAUCAAGCAUUGAAUCUCUCUUACGGGAAGAAGAUGAUCUGCAGUUUUUGAAGCAGGCACCCAAGCUGCAUGGCACUAUCUCUAAGGAGCCUUAUAAGCCAAAGACAGAGUUUGAUGAGAAACUACUGAACCAGAUUUUUCGCAACACUGUUUCCCUUAAAGAGAUCAUCAAAGUCAAACUGCAGCAACCCGAUGAUACACCAGAAUGGAGAGAGUCACUUGCCAGUACAGAGAAAAUGCCAACAGGAUCUGGACACCCUAAACAAGAAGAUACACCAGAAUGGAGUGCAUCAUCUACCAGCUCAGAGAAAAUUCCCCCAGUAGUCAAGCAACCUAAACAAAAAAAAUCGAGAGCCAAAGUUCCUUCCAGCCCAUCAGUACCCUCACCAGAUGUCAAAACCAACCCUCAAGGUAACACCAAGAAGGGACCUGCUAUUCCAGACUCUCGGGAAGAUGUUCUGAAAUAUGCUGUUAAACUGACAGUGGAUCCCAAUACAGCUCACAAAAGAGUUUUGCUUUCUGAAAGACACACCAAAUUAAUGAUCAGUGAUAAAGUCCAGGAUUACCAAGACAAUCCUGAGAGGUUCACACACUGCUCCCAGGUCCUAUGCUCCCAGGGAUUCAGCCAAGGCAUCCAUUACUGGGAAGUGGACAUACAAGGGGGACAUUUCAGUGGCUUUGGAAUUGCCUACAGGAGUAUUCCUCGGAAAGGAGUGGAGAGCCGCCUUGGGCGCAACAGUGUGUCCUGGUGCCUGGAGUAUUUCAAUGGGAAACUGCAGGCCUGGCACAAUGAGAAGGAGACCAGCCUUACCUCUCCCAACACAAACAGAAUUGGGGUUCUGCUCAAUUAUGAUGAAGGAUUUCUGUCCUUUUUCUCUGUUUCAAAAAAGUUCAGCCAGAUUUACAGAUUCAGGGCCCGAUUUACUGAAGCAGUUUAUCCAGCUUUCUGGGUAUUUUCUGCCAAUGCUGUUCUGUCCUUUAACACAUUCAGUUAAGGCUGUGGGUGGAACCACUGUUUCCUUCAUGUUAAUGAGGUGCAGUUCUGUGUGAUGGUGUUCUUAAUCUGCUUCAUUUUCUCUACGAGUGGAUUUUAUAUUAUUAUUCUGUUUAUAUUUUGUUUACAGCACAGGUAUGGGACCUGUAAUCCAUUCUGUUUCUGCCAUAUUAAUGGUUCUCUCUUCCUCACUUAUUCCCUAAGAAUUACUGUAUACCAUAAAAGAACCAAGGAAAGGGAAAUGAGCUUUCGUAUAGAGCCAUCUGAUUUAGGGCAUAAGGUACAGAGCUCUUUAUCCUGCUUUCUGGCUAUUUCAUAAGCAGGCUAUUCACCAUGUGUUAUGAUUAAUUCUAUUAUGGGAGUUGAUUCUAAAAUGUAUCACAAUCUGAGAUUUCUUACGAUGUUGAUUUUUUUCCAUGAAUAAGCAGCGCCGGAUUUACAUAGUGGGCACCCCUAGGCCCACUGACUUUGAUUGCCUCAUCCCCUCCCAAUUAUUUACGUAAAUGUUCAUCAUUGGGUCUGGAGCAAUGAGGAUUGGUGCAGGGGAAAUUAAAAAAAUAUUGUAUGCGCAUCCCCAGUGUUUCUGAACCAAUGUGGAUGUGGUCAGGCAGCAUGCCACACCCUAAAAUCCUGCCACCCUAGGCCCGUGCCUUUGUGGCCUUUCCACAAAUCUGUAAAUAAGGUGCAAUUUGGUAUGACUGUAUUACUGAAUUUUUGUGCUUAGUUUACGAGAAUUCAGUGGGUAAUCCCAUGUGGUAAGGGUUUUGCAGCAUAGCAGGAUUAACUAACUGAUGGGGAGCUACACAUUUCACUGCUCUGUAUUACAGACUCAUACCAUGGCUUGUGGAUUUUUUUUCUAUGUUUAGUGACUGUGUAGCAUUUUUUCAAGGGUUCCUGCAGAGUCUGUUACCUUGCAGUAGCACUCAAUAUUCUUCCCGCCACAAGUGGUGCACUACUCACAAGUCACCCCAUCCAUGGGAAUUUCAUGGUGAUCAAAUGGCACUGGCCCUGGAUGCAUUAACACGAUGAGCGCUGCAGGUAAUGGAUCACUACUGCACUUUCCAUCAUCUGCUACUUGAGUUUUUUUCACUAUAGCAGGGUUUGGGGUGAGUACUAUCUCCCCUCCUACAUGGGCUGUCUCUUUGGGUUCCAUUGAGAACUCCCUCCCUUCCCCUGUCUGCCUGCCGCCACUCCCUGUUGCUAAACAUGACUCUCAGUAGGCAUAAACAUGACCUUUUUUUGCCACUGAUUUGUAGGCCCUAGUGUCAUGGCGGCACUAUUCAUUUCUAUCCCCCAGGGCAGGACUUCCAGUUUUAUCGUUGUCACCUGGCUGCUAUUUUGCUGACCUGGCUGGUAAAAUGGUUCUUGAGGCCAACUUUAUAAAUAGAGAAAAAAAUGUAAACAAUAGGAAGGCCUGUAUUUUUUCCAGAAAAGGUGGCAAUCCUAUCUAGUUUGCAGAUUUUGGAAGCAUGCAAUAAUCCUUUCUAUUGUGUGUUCUGCUACCUGCCAACCUUAAUUUGUUGAGGAACAUAACUUCACCUCUACAGGUAACGUCCUAGCUGGUUGUUCAGUGCCUUCUCAGUAGAAGACACUGUCUUAACCAUGCUGCUCCUUAAAGCAUUAUUAUAAAUAUUAUCAGGUCUGGACUGAGAAUCAAAAUAGGCCCUGGCAUUUCAGGUACAUAGAGGCCCACACAGAGGCCCAAACAGCCCCCACCAGCUAAAUACUGACUUUCUAUGGCACCUUAUAGCAGCCCUCUGGCAUUUGCCAGAACCCACAGAUUGCCAGUCCAGACAUAAUUAUUAUAAAUGAUUAAAGAUAUGCCUCAGGAAUGUGGCCACUACUGAAAAGAUCAGUAAGGCAUUUAGAGCAUACUGUCACAAAGUUCUACAGAAUCAAUAUUUUUGCUUAUGUUGACACAGUACUUGGAUUGAAGGUGCAGCAUGUAGUGAUUCCUGCUUAUCUGGUUGCUGGGAAGCUUUUGCAUUUCUGAGAAAUCAACACUGACAGGCUAACCGGGUAAUCAAGGUUUUUCUUAUGGGUAACUCCUUUUGUACUUGGCCCAUAUUCUCAGUGCACCAAGUUCCUCCUGUUUUUUGUUGAGAUGUUGUUGGUGGAUUACCAAGGCUCCAAUUUUUGGACCCAUUUACUUAAUAACCCUGUCAUCAUUUCACCCUGUUAUAUGCUCUUAUAGCUGCUAAAGGAGUAUUUCUACAAUGUGUAAGUAACGUGCACUGUGCAGAGUUAAUACAAUAUGCUUUUUGCCUUCAGACACCUGAUCGGGCUGGUUAUAUUGCUGUAGGUGUAUUGUGCGUACAGUGUGAAUUCAUUGUACACUUUAGACACCUAUGGACUCUGGGUAAUAUUUGUGAUAUGAAUGUAAAUACACGUGGUGUUCCGUGCAGGCUAAAUAUAUUGUGCUAUUUAAUCUUAAAUGCCUGAUGGACUCUGGGUUAUGUCUGUGUAUUUAUGCAGAACACUAAAGCUUUACAGAGGGUGAAUACAUUGUACAGUUCACACUCAAAUGCCUGAGGGCAAUCUUUACUUUUAUUGUUGUAGGUGCUGUGUAGGAUACAUUGUGCUAUUUACUCUCCCAUGCCCACUGAACUCUGGGCAGUCUACAUGAUGGGUUAGUAGGUAUGUGGGAGACAUAGUGUGGCUAAUUAUAUUGCACUGUUUAACGUCCGUUAACAAUCGACUGUGAUUAAUCUGUGUACAACUGUAAAUGUGCAGGACGACUAGUGUGCUGUUCACAGUGAAUACAUUGGGGGUGUAACUAUAGAGGAAGCAGACCCUGCGGCUGCAGGGGAGCCAGGAGGUAUAGGGGAGGUAAUAGGUUAAAUCAGCUUUUACGUCCUGAAAUAAAAUGGAUUUUUUUCUUGAACACCAGGUCACCAAACGGACCCAGCGUUUAUGUCAUAUGCUUCGUAUAGGUGAGAAUGAAUUUAUAAAAAGUAAAAUUUUUCUAAAAAGCUAUAAAAAAAAAUGAGAUUUUAAAAUCUAGGCAUGCUAUAUGCUUUAAUACAAAAAGGGGGGGUUGUGGGAGCACUCAAAAAGGAUAAGUUAAAAUAUGUUUAAAACUGGAUACGGUCAUGGGAAACAUGUUUUUUUCCAAACGCAUCAGUUAAUAGUGCUGCUCCAGCAGAAUUCUGCACUGAAAUCCAUUUUUCAAAAGAUUUCAAAACUGACUUUGUUAUAUUCAAUUUUGAAAUCUGACGUAGGGCUAGACAUUUCACAGCUGCUCUCAGUCAUGUGACUUGUGCUCUGAUAAACUUCAAUUACUC